GUUCACUGCUAAAUAUAGCUCCCUGGGGCGCCCCAGAACUGACUGAUCGUCUCUACAACAUGACAGUCUCCCCAUCAGCUUGACAUACAAUGUUGUACACAACAUACAAUGUAGACCAGGCCAAUACGAUUCGAGCGCUUCGUCCUUGGGUCCUGGAAAUGCGUGCCCAGAGCUCUAUGAACGAGGGUUUUUCUGGGACUGCAGCCUCGUAAAAGACAUGGAUAGGCGAGGUAAUCACCGGCCGACCAGCCGCUCUACGAUCUACCAAUCUAUCUCAACCGCCAUACGGCCUUCCUGGACCAGUGCAGAAAAAGGCCUGCUCUCAUGGCCAUGAUCAUGCCUGCAGAAGUCGACUCGCUCGACGAUUCAGGCGAAAAGCAUGCAUGGUGAGAUGGCAUAGGAAAAGUUUUGACAGACACAGCCUCUGGCCGAGAAUCGAGACAUGGGUCCCCGCCACAAACAAUUUGGAGACGGACUGCGGCGCGAGCCUUGGAAGGCUCCAUCGAUGUCUCAGCAGAUCGGGUCAUGUCGAAUCAGCGUCAACGGCGGUGUUGCCCUUCGAAUUUCGACUAAAAGAAACUAACACGCGACCGGGGCUUUUCAACCUCACUUCCAGCAAUUUCUGUUGACCAUGCCAUGUCGCCUCAGCUGGUUUGGAAGAUUCCACUGGCUAGACCCCGGCCACAAUCCAACAGGAUCACUUCCUGUAAGCCACCCGAAACACAAGCCCUUGUUGAAUAUGCAAUCCGGGGGACGACGUUCCAAUGGUGUGCAAGACGUUGCAUCCGGCCGAGAGCCGAAAACAGUCCAUCGGCGCCUGAUUAAUUACAGUGCAUAUAUUUAUCUCUCCUAUGUUCAGCAUCUGAUAUUCUGGGUCUCAUCCUUCUGGCAAGUGUUUUUUACAACUGUACAACGUACACCACCACAUUCGUUCUUACGGUCAACGUGACCUGUUCACAUUCGCUUCGUAACCAGCAUUACCCAAUCUUUUCUGCCCCUGCCGGCACAACUCUCGCUUUUUCUGUCGAAGUCCACGUCCUUACAACCGUGAACCUGUGAUUUUACGUCAGAAUGCGUUUCUUCGCUGCUCUUGCCUCCUUCGGCCUCGUUGCCCUGGUCGCCGCACAAGACGCGACUUAUACCAACAGCAGCAGCACUGGUGUUGCUUCUGCUUCUUCCUCCCCAACGCUCACCGCACAGGCGAAAUGCCUGCAGAAAUGCAACGCCGCUGAUAUCUGCUGUCAAGCGGCCUGCGUCAACGUGCCAUGUCCGAAUGACGCCCAGGCCAACCGGACCACUGAAUGUGCCGCCAAAUGCCCGCAAGGCAACGGCACCCAAUCUGAGACUGAGCAAUACGCCAGUUGCCAGGCCUCCUGCGUCAGCUCCUACUUCUUGUCCACCGGCACUGCUGGCCCAACUGCCACCGGAAGCAGUAGUUCGGCAACUGCAACCUUCGGAUCAACUGACGCCACUACCACGGGUGGCUCGAAGGGAUCUUCGGCGUCAGCGACUGGCGCAUCUGCUUCUGCUUCGGCGACUGGCUCUUCUGGAAAUGGCGCGGACGCCCUCCAUGUUGGUAAGGUCGGCCUUGGAUUCUUGGGCUUGGUCAUUGCCGGCCUUGCUCUGUAAAUCGAAGCAGUUUGCAUGUUCGGAAAAGACGGGGACGGGUUAAGACGUUGGAAGAUACAUCAUAUAAUGAAUGGGGCACAUUCCUCGCCACAUCUUGAUCCAGGUUAAACUUGAAUGGUGGCUUCUCAAAAAGCAAUUUCUUGCAAUUGAAGGACACUAUUGUGUCGGGGUGGUUUUGGUGGUCGAUCCACCAUCCUCGUCCAUGUAUUCUGCGCCUGAUUGCAUGAAGUUGAGAUGUAAGAGGGUAUGAAUGUCCAUAGCACCUGUUUUGCCUGCUUCAAGUUCUCUAUACAAAAGUAAUUAUACCUUCAUAUGCAAGUCAUGUCCUUCGAGUUGUUAACUGGGGCGAUAUGGUAAACACACCGUGUUCGGAUCUGCGGCAGAAAUAUUAAUAAAAUGCAUAAAUAUAAUAAAUGAAUAAUAAUAAAAUCC